UGCCUUCCUUACCAUUUUUAACGUCCUCAUACAUUUCAAUACACACACUCAACUCUCUCUCUCUCUCUCUCUCUCUCUCUGAAACCCAAGCCAAAAUGCCAAACCCAAAAAACCCAUAAAAAGAAAAUAGAGGAGAGAGAGAAAGAUAUAUAGAGAAAAAGGUUAGAGCAUUUAGCAAAAGAAGCCAAACCCAAAGCCAACUGUUUGCUCCUCCCAACACCUCCAUCUCCAUCACCACCUCAGCUCUGAUCAUUGUCCACUAAACCCAUAUUCCUCUUUUCAACCAUUUUUAUUAUUCUACUCAGAGUUUCUUUAAAUUUUCAAUCUUUUUUGUUUUUUGUUUUUGUUCAAUUACGCUCCAAAAUCUCAAGCUCUAAUAAACCCUCAUUUACAGAGGGACAGCAACAAACACAGAGAAGAAGAGCAACAAAUAGUUUAAUUUAUUAAUUUUAUUCUCUCCUUGAAUUCUCGUUCUUAUAUCAUUUCUAUUUAUAAUUCUAGUAGUUGCUAGUUUCUUUUUCCUCCUUUUUUUAAAUCUCUGUGGGGGGUUUUGAUUCUAUGGCUGCGGUUGCUGAGAUUUCCGGUGAGGCAGCCUCUGUCAAAAACUCAAACUUGGAUUCAAUGUCAAAACCCAUGUCCGAAUCCAAAUCAGAAUUUGAUGUGCAGAAGCUGGUGGAUAUGUUCACCAAGCUGAACCCUUUAGCCAAAGAGUUUUUCCCUUCAUCUUACUCUCACCACCAACAUUCCAAUUUUGACAACUCUUUGGCGGUCAAUAACAAUAAGCUCUCAGCCAAUGAUAAUCUGGCCAAUAAUCGAAGGAGAAGAAAUAGCUUUAAUCAGGGGAAGAGAAGACUUAGUGGGAGAGCUUUCAGAGCUGAGCGGGAAAAUAGUAUUAGACGAACAGUAUAUGUUUCUGAUAUUGAUCAGCAAGUUACCGAAGAGCGUCUUGCUGCCAUAUUUAGUAGUUGCGGACAAGUUGUUGACUGCCGAAUUUGUGGUGAUCCGCACUCCGUACUCCGUUUUGCAUUUGUGGAGUUUGCUGAUGAGCAUGGUGCGAGAGCAGCUUUGAACCUUGGUGGGACAAUGCUAGGGUACUAUCCUGUUAGGGUCUUACCCUCAAAAACUGCCAUCCUUCCUGUGAACCCUACAUUCCUCCCUAGGUCAGAAGAUGAACGGGAAAUGUGUAGCAGGACUGUAUAUUGUACAAAUAUCGAUAAGAAGGUUUCUCAAGCUGAAGUCAAGAAUUUCUUUGAAACAGCUUGUGGUGAGGUUACUCGUUUGAGGCUUUUGGGGGAUCAUGUGCAUUCAACUCGUAUAGCUUUUGUUGAAUUUGCAAUGGCAGAAAGUGCCAUACUUGCACUGAAUUGUAGCGGAAUGGUGUUGGGAACACAACCCAUCAGGGUAAGUCCUUCAAAGACACCUGUGCGGCCACGUGUUACUCGUCCAUUGCAUUAACCAAUACCACCGGAAAAGAUCUGUGGAUGGAGCUUGGAGGGCUUUACGAUUCGGAGGAACUUUGUUGUUUAAUCAUCUUUUCCUUUCAGUAUUUCCAUCUUUUCCGUCGCAGUGGUUCAUGUUCUGGGCUGAAAUAUUGGGACCCUGCUUCAGUUGAAGUUUUAAAAGAUGGUUUGGAUCUUGACAAUCUUACCUUUAACCUCGUCGUUGAUUUGAAAGUUCUAGUUCAGUUCAGUUCUGUUCUGUUUAUGAUUGUGAGUAUGUCCUUGC